GUGAGACCCAGCGCCUCAAGCUGCUGCCUCACUCAUCGGGUGCAGAGGUGUGCCAGGAGCCGCCCCCAGGAGGCGGCACCAUGCGAGGGUCAGGGAGGUCCCCGGUGACCAGGGGUUGGCUGCAGCCCCCAGUGCCCUGAAGGGUCAGGUGUGGGACAGCUAUUUCCUCCUGCUGCCUGAGUUUGCUUGGCAGGUCCUUAGGGGAAGAGGGGAAGGGCUGAGGUUAACCUUGAGCUCCCGCGAGCUGCAGUUGCCUGGUGUGCGGGAAGGUCACACGGGGAACAGACCGCAGAGCUGGCCAUGAGUUCUAACUAACAACACAACUAACCCAGAGCUCCCGACGCUGUCGUAGUGCUUUCAGAGCUGACUGCUCCUCGAGGGUGUUCUGCAAACGCUGCCGGGUCCAGGCCCAGGCCGCCUGCCUGUCUCAGUCUUUGGGGGAGUGUGGGGACACUAGGCAGCUGCACCCCAGGCCAGCCUCUCGCCACCAAGCUGCUGCAGCCCUCAUCCUGACAAACGGAGGCUGGGGCUUGCCCACUGUGGACCUCUGGCUUUCCAGGCCGCCACCUCCCUGCCCCCAGGGGCAGAAGUACAGAUGGUACUGCUUCAGGUGAAGUGGUCCUCCCCCAAGGCCAGGGCAGCCCUGCUGCCGCCCUGCCUCAGAUCUGGCCGGGGCACUCCAGGCCGCCCUACCAGCCCUGUCCAUCCUGGAGCCUCCUGCCCGGGGCUCCCCGAGGCCCCCAGCGCCCAGGGCAGCGAAGCUCCAGGACAGGCCCUGCCCCCGCCCUCCCUGCCUCACAGCUCCAUUGUGAGGUCAGCGCCUUCCGCCGAGCUCCAGCCAGAGGCGUGCGGCGGGCCGGGGGCUGGACAUGGCCGCCUGUCCCCAGCCCGACUCCUGCCUGCUCGGCGGCCCCCUCGGCCUCAUAUGUCUGUCCCUUUUGCUCGUCCCUGCUGCAGGUGCGGCCCCCCCAGCCAGGCCCGGGGGCCAUGGGGGCGGGGUUCAGGGGUCAGCCACUGGCGGGUGACGCGGGCCCUUGGCCGCCCGGGCCGUGUCUCUGCAGCUGGAGGCUACUGCGAGUGCAGCCUUGGCCUCAGCCGCGAGGCCCUCAUCGCCCUGCUGGUGGUGCUGGCAGGCAUCAGCGCUAGCUGCUUCUGCGCCCUGGUCAUCGUGGCCGUUGGUGUCAUUCGAGCCAAGGGUGAAACGUGCCCUGCACACAUGGACAGCAGGAUGGUGGGGCACUUCGGGCUGCAGGAAGACCGUAUGGACCUGCGCACGGUGCACGUGGAGUCUCACCUCAUGGACCCCGACACGGCGGUCCCCAUGAUACAGCCCCUGGAAGAGCAUGGCCUCAUGACCAUCACCAUGGACUCGACUCUGGAGGAGCCGCCCCCCCCACCUGAGUAGGGCUCUGGGCGCUAGCGGGAGGGGAAUUAAACGGUAUUUAGUUA